UUCCGUAUCGUAUUCAGUGCCGUGAUUCCCUCCGCAAGGACGGUCGUCGUUGCCGUAUAAUAUAACGUUUUUACGUCGCGCGUGAACAAAAAUACAUACCAUCUGUUCAAAUAUUGUGCAAGUUUUAUUAUUUCCCUAAAAACAUACCGCAAAGGAUGUGUGUGCACCGCUUUCCGUUUGUCCUUACGCCGUAAAAGGUUCCAAGUUUUGUUUCUUAUUAUUUUUGUGUCCGCUAAGUGCGCCAGUGAGGUUUUUGUUUUCGUUCCGUGUAUUGUUAUUGGAUUUGUAAUACCGAUUAUGCUGACAAGCGAAUAUUAAAAGAUAACCGACCACGAUGUUGCGAUGACGUGAAAGCGAUGCUGCUGCAGCAGGCGUCUCCGUCGCCUGGACCCAGCGGCACGGCUAGUCCGAAACUACCACCAAGCCCUAGACCAAACCCGAGUCCUAGCUUCAGUUCCAGGCUUACUGGAAGCCCAAGCUUGAGCGAUGGGCCCUCCAGUUCGAAUAGUCCCAGGUUGGGCGCCAGUCCCAAGUUUGGCAGUCCAAGGUUGGGAUCCGGGAGUCCAAGGCCAAGGAUCGCGGAAGAUGAAGCAGCGUUGGAAAGGCUGCAGGCAGAAUUGAAGGAAGGCUGGACGGUGCACACGGGAAGGGACGGCAGGCUGUAUUAUUGCAAUCACGUGACAAGAACUGCCAGUUGGCUGCCACCAGCUGAAAACUGGCCAGCUACCAAAGAUAGCAGUGGGAGCAGCCAGGCUGAAGAAGAAGAGGAACUACCGUAUGGGUGGGAGCAGGCGUUGGAUAGCAGAGGCAAGCACUAUUACAUCAAUCAUGUCAACAAGACGACGACAUACGUGGCUCCAGAAGGCUGUUCCUGCGAGUCUCCCCCCGCGCCCCGUGAUGUGGUGCUGGAGAGGGACCCUGAACUGGGAUUCGGGUUCGUGGCCGGCUCUGAAAAACCCGUGCUGGUUCGGUUUGUUACAGACAAUUCGCCUAGCGUUGGGAAGUUGGAACCAGGCGAUCAGAUCCUCUGCGUCAAUGGCGAGGAUGUGAGCAUGGCGGCCAGAGAACAUGUCAUCUCCGCAGUCAGGGCGUGUUCAGACAAGGUGACCUUAAAGGUCUGCCAGCCGGCCAGGACCGGGAACCUUAUGAGGAGAUCUGCCCUGCUGUCUGCAGCGAAGAGGGCGCGGUUAAGAGCCAGGCCACCAAGGGUUAGGUUUGCGGAUUCUGUGCAGCUCAAUGGCGCUCCUAUGUAUCCUCCAUCCGCAUUCUCUCUUGGUGACCUCUGCCUGCCACCAAUGGCGAACGUCCUCAAAGUAUUUCUCGAGAACGGUCAGACCAAAUCCUUCAAAUACGACAGCACAACCACCGUUGCUGACGUUGUCUCCAGUCUGAAGGACAAGCUCUGUAUUACUGCAGAGGAGCACUUCAGUCUGGUAGUCGAGCAUGUGAAGAGUCUGAGGAGAAAUAAACUGACGUUGCUGGACCCCAAGGAGUUUCUUGCGAGGAUUGCCGCUAAACCCGGUUCCCACAAGAUGCGCUGUCUAUUCCGCGUGGUCUUCAUGCCGACGUCUGCAGCAGAAUUGGCACAGAAAGACCUGGCGGCUCUGGACUACCUCUACAUGCAAUGUUGUAACGACGUGGCUCAGGAGAGGUUCGCACCAGAGUUGCAACCUGACGUGGCGUUGAGAUUGGCUGCGUUGCAUAUGCAUCAACAUGCGUUGGCGAAUAACUUGUCGCCGGCGAAGUUGACUGUGAAAGCUGUGGAAAGAGAGUUCGGGCUAGAACGGUUUGUGCCGAGCGGGCUACUGGAGAGCAUGAAGAGGAAGGAGCUGAGGCGACUCAUCGCGCACUUCCUCAAGCUCAACUCCCAGAUGACCGGCAGCCAGCGACAGCUCACACAGCUACAGGUCAAAGUCCACUACCUGGACAUAGUCUCGGCACUGCCGAGCUACGGAGCCAAGUGCUUCAGCAGCGCGCGGCCCGAGCGCGUGCUGCUCGUCGCGCCGCGCCUCGGGCUCGCUCAGAUCCUCGCUCGCGGCGGCUCUGUGCCGCAAUCCAUCGCCUCCCUGGAGGAGGUGGAGGGCAUCCGAGUGAAGGCGGAGGGGGCGGGCAGCGCGGCCGUGGCGGUGUUCCUGCGUCGGGAGCGCGUGCUCGCGCUGCUCAUGGACGAGAGGGACGCUGCGGAGAUGCCGCUGGUUAUCGCUGGAUAUUAUCGACUGGCGACUGGUCAAGAACUGAACAUUGAACAAGAAAGGGAACCGAUUACAGAAGAUAUAGCUCCACCGUAUUUGUCACAGCACAACGUGGUACCAACGAAAUGGAGUUACUUGAACUGUGACGAUCCCACCAUUCUCACUAGGAAACACUUCGCCAUCUUUAGCAUGCCACCACCGUACCACUCCACACCAGACCAGUCCAAAUCCAGUCUAGACACAAACAUGAACUCUAGCAUCACAAACAGAAAUCAUAGCAACAAUUCUAGCCCAUUAAUAGGAUACGAUUCCAAACACGAUGUUCAUUUCGACAAAUGUAAAAGAAAUGAAGAUUUCAGACUUUUCGAUCCGAAUGAUUCAUGUUAUUUGGACGAUGGAAUGGGUUUUGAUCUUCAAAGUGUUCUAUCUAUGGAACUCUUAGAGAAUGCGAGUAAUAACCCUAGGUUAGUUGAAGCAAAGAAUGAAGAAGUCUUGAGACGAGUGGCAGAAAUGCAAAAACUAGUUGAAAAUUCUGAACAAUAUUUGACUGAAAAUUGUGAUGUUUCGUAUGAUGAUAUGUACAAUGAUGGUGUAUUGAGAGAUGAGUUUUUAGGUAAGGAAUCGAGCGUAGAUCAUUUAGAGAGUGAUACAGAAUCUAAUAAUAGUAGAAUGUCCGCCGCUGAUGAUGCCCCUGGAAUACUAAAACAUAGUGACUCCUUAUUACUUUUAACGGAAACAAUAAAUCAAGGGCUAAGUGUUUUAACUGUACCCGAAAGUGCUAAAGACAAUAACGGUACGAGUUUAACUAAUCGACAGUCCCAAGGCCUUAGUGCUAUAUUAAAUAACUGUGGGUUAACUGAUGCUUUAAUAGCUUUAAACAGUGAUGUAUGCCAUUCCGAGAGUGACAAUGAUUCUUUAUAUACACCCACGAAUAGUCCUAUUCGACGGCACCAAAAUAAACCUACUAACAAAAUAGUUAGAACUAGUUUCGGACUGCAUAGCCCAGAUAAUAUGCAAGAAAAUAAGGAGCCAAAUCUAAAGGAAUAUUUAAAACAACUGAAAGAAAAAAGUAGCAAAGAUGAAGCUAGAGCUAGUGAGUUUCCGUUUUAUUGUCAAGAAAGUUCAGUAGAUAAUGACGCCGAGCUUAUAGAUUUAACGUUAAUACCUCCCCCACAAACUCCUGAUGAAUUAGAUUGUGCUACGCAAGUGCCUCAAAUUUUGCCUGUCGUCCCUCCAUCGUUCGCAGAUGACAAGGAAAACUCGCAAGAAAACCAUCUAAAAGUACCAAAAACUAAUGAACUUGAAGAAUUUAUUGCCAACGUUACGAUACAACCACCAACAGUUAAAGUAACACCGGCUGUAGAGCUAACGCCGGAAGAAAUUCUGUCAUAUAUCAUUCCACCUCCACCUGGUUCUAAUUCUUCUACGUUAGAUAGAGAACCAGUUAGUUACGUAAAUCAAAGCCAAAUACUUGAUGCAAAAACAAGUCUGAAUAUAAAUGUUAAGCCUUCUAAUGGUGAAGUUGUGAAAGGAACACUCAGUGUUAGUGAGAUUAGAAAUAUGUUUGCGGCUAAAAGUUUAAGUGACGCUAGAAAUAGUUUGCUACUCAAAGAUAAAAGUAAGGCGCAGGCGCCUGCUAAAUCUGAUUCACCUAAAGGAAAAAGGAAAAGUGUAAAUGGGGAUAAACAAGCUAAUGGUAACGCACAUGUAAUAGAAUACCCCACCGUCGAAAGAAAAGGAAUGUUCUCAUGUUGUAGUAAAGACAAAAAUAGAAGUGAUAAUGAAACCGAAGAUGAAGAUACAGGUAAGGUUGAAAACCACAUGGAAAAUUCCGACUCAAUGCCUGAUGUUUGUGAAAUAAGACCCCACCUUCCAAGAAGGAAAACCUCAGAAACUAGAAAACCUCCCGAAAGACCACCGAAGACACCUCCGACUCCUGCACCGAGACCUCGAUCGAACUCAUUCACAUGCCUUAACAAUGAACUAACUGCUGUUGAGAUACCCAACAACCAUUUCAGUACAUUGAACAAUAGGAAAUUAAAUUACAGAGUCGUCUGCGAAAUCAACGAACAAAAUACCCAUAGUCCGCCACAAUUACCUCCGAGAUCCGAGAACAAACCGCUGUCACCUCCCCCACCGUUACUGCUACCUCCUAAAAAACCACCUCUACCUCCCGUUCCUAGCAUGGAAGUAUUACGAAUAAAGGCUCAGAAACAAUCUCCGAUCCGCAAUCAGGAGCGACACGCCAGCAUAGGCUCACCGCAUUUCCAAAGAAAUUUAAACACGUAUAAAAAUCUUGAAAACGAAAGCAGAGCGAGUGACGAUGAGGCACUCAACGUGAGAAGUUCUCAAAACUACAGUUCGAUGACGUUGCAGAAUCGUCACGUGCGAUCGAAUUCAGAGACGAAGAACACUAUAUUGAAGAAUAAGGAAAUGUCGGCAGCAUUAUCGCUCUGUUCACCGCAAAUGAACAGGCGUUUUAGCAAUCGUCCGGAUCUCUUGAACGGUGCUGCAGGGAAUGACCAAAGGGUUUUUAGUCCUCCAUUAUCGGAGCGGAAGCCUUUUAGACGUGAUAGUGCGAGUCCCACUCCUAAGGUUCAGAAUCAUGUGAGAUUUAAAGAGGAUGUCGUGGAUGAUAUACCGACGCCGCCAUCGCCGCCGACAGUGAAGUUCCCGGAGUUGCAACCUGGGAAUAACGGGCAUGUGUCUUUGGAAAAUCUACUCUGUAAGACCGAGGUGGCGGUGGACGGACUGCUGCAGCGGUUGCACCAGGUCGCACAGAAAUGUUCACACCAGCACGCGCACGGUGGUGGGGAAGACAUUGAUGAGAUCAAGUUUCAGCGCGCCCGCAGUGAGCUGACGUCGUGCGCAGUGUCCCUGGUGGGGGCGUCCCGCUCGCUGGUGGGGGCGCUGGGGGCGCUGGGGGCGCCGGGGGCGCCUGGGGCGCUGGGGGCCGCCGCUCCCAGUGCGCUGGCGGACUGCUUGGCGCCGCUGCGGAGGUUGGCUGACCUUGCACAGGCACUCGGCAGACACACUUCCUCGCCUCUUCAAACAAGAAAUCUGGUCCUUCGGGUCCACGAUGUCACUGCAGCCUUCAAGGAGUUGGCUGGCGCGGAAAUGGCCGAAAUCAUUCACGAACAUAACCUCAAAAAAUCACAAACACAAGAGCAAGACACCAAUUCGACGCUCGAAGGCCAACUAGCUCUCAGAGCCGAAUGUCUAGCAAAUGUACUAGCUACAUUACUCAGAAGCCUGAGAGUAUUUUCACCGUAAUUUCGCGCCAACAUUGCAAAUGGCCGCUGAUAAACUAUAAAGUAAAUAUGUUUUUUUUUUUACCGAAGAUAUCGAGCUAUAUACAUCCGUGUAGAAUUAAUAUAUAUUUUUCAUUUGUUACUUAAGAAUUUCUGUUAAACUAUAACCGUUACUAAAAUGAGACCAAAUAAAAUUAGGUAUGUUUGUAUAAUUGUAGUUGGCAACAUUGUGUUAAUUUUAGUUGUAGUUUUGUAAAUUUUAACGUGCGUUAAUGUUAUAGGUUGUUAAACAAAUUUUCAUAGUACCUAUCAUUUCGUUUUUGGAGGGUGAAUAUCAUAACAAUAUGAAGCCUAUAGGUAAUCUUAAUGUAUAAGUAUGUUGAAGAAGUAAUAAAUAUUCGGAAAUAUAACGUUGUAGCGUGUAAGUAUGUAAUUGUUAUUCAAGAGCCAUGCAUUAAAGGUAAUUAAAUAUUAAAUCUGCCAAAGUAUUACUGGGAGAAUUUUGUAUCAACAUUCACUAUGGCUCUUGAUAAGUUUUUGUAAAAUUUUGGAAAGGAAGGAAAUGUAUAUGUAGUGUUUUAGUAUUCCAAUAAUUUUCCGCUUUUAUGAUUCCGUAGACAAAGCGUUACCAUAGAGUUAAUUUUAUCUAUUUACAACAAAAUGUAUAUUUUCUAUUUCUAAGAAGUGUGAUCGGAUAUAGGGUGCGAACAUCAUUGUGAAUCAUAUCUAAAUGUCUAACUAACCAUAUCUUGAAUAAUUUCGAAUUUAAAACAACAUUAGAUGUAAUUGCCGCGCAUUUUCGCAAAAAGUUUGGUGUUGCUAGUUGUAAAUUUGUUUUUUUAGUAAAAGCUGUUGCCAGCAAUCGUUUCAUGGUACACGCGAUGUGCUGAUAUUAAAAUAUUGGUGCUAUUUUGGAAAAUGUGUACGUUUUUGUAUUGUGAUCAGUUGAAAUUAUCCCGCAUUGAUUUCGUAUGUCUACUAUAGUAGGCGAUUUGCAAGCACUAGUGAUUUGAUUUUGAAUCUUAAAUCUAAAUAAAUAAGGUUGUUUUUGAAAUGCAAUAAACGUGAAAUAGAUUUCCUAUGCCUAAUUAUAAUAUAUACUUUAUCUUACUAUUCGCCUGCUAAGUACAAUUUUUAACUUCCAUCGUUCCAAAGCUUAUGCACAGCCAAAGAAGAUCAAAUCCUUUUAUUUUUGUUUUUAUAUUUUAUUUUUGUUUUCUUUGGCUUGAUAUACCUUCAUGUUAGAAACCUAAAUAGAUUUACUGUUAAUCGAUACACCCGGAUUACUUCUAAAAAUAUAAUAAUUUAAAAUAUUUGUCAUUUUGACGAAAAUUGAAAUAGUUUUAUUUUAAGUUUUGUGAGUAUUACCUAUAUAACUCGACACAGAUGGCAACACCAACCCGUAGGGUAUACAAACCACGUGAUGCCAUGGUAACUCAGUCAUUCAUUUGUCAAUGUCACUCACGUGACUGAUCACAGACUGUCACUGUCAAAUGUCAAAAUAUAAAUCCAUAGACAACGAGCUAACGUAGCGAAGUCUCAUGAUAGAUCAUUUACAUGCAAAUCUCCGGCCUAUCUCGUUCAAAUACGCAAGGUAGCCACACGAUCAGGGACAAAACAUAUUAGUGCUCUGUCUCCUUCUCAUCUAUUUCUAAUUUCUCUUUCUUGUCCAAUGAAAGAUAGAUUAUUAGGAAGUCCAUAGUUUUACGCAAAAUACGCUAUCUUAAUCUAGUGCUGCAUUCUAAUGUUCUUAAAAUUCCCUAUUCCUAAUCAGUGCGUAUCGAUUAACACUCAUGUAUAAGCGGAAUAUACCAAGGUAACUUUAUCGUACUAUUCACAGCAGAUUAUUUAACAUUCGGGUAAAAUGAUGCAAUGCAUUUGAUGUAAUAAAUUAUAUGAAACUAA